AUUUAAAAUUUUAUACACAUGCAUUCUAUUAAAAAUAUACAGAAUAUAUCCAAAUAAAAAUGUUGUAUAGUAAUAUCUAAGCUAGCAAAUCUAUACAUUCAAAUUUCUCACAAUAUUAAAAUAUUUAUUUAUUCUAUUAAAAGUACGUUAUUUUAAUUCACGGGGAAACUUCGCUAAGCCUUUGGAAAACCAAAGGGGUGGCAGCGCCUUUCAACGCACCAGCUGUUUUUCCACCAGGUGGCAGCACCGACAAAUGGUUUAAAUUCCCAUUUAGCUUUAAGCCCGGCUCAACCGUUUUAAUACAGCGCCAACAUGAGCUAAGUUAAUUAAUGCAAAUAGACGACCAGCAGGAAAAUGUUAAGCAUGAAGGAUGAAGGAGCCAAUGAGUUUGUGGUCCUUACGGAUGUGGUACGCAAACAAUAUGUGCUGUAUUUGGAGCGCCAGUUGCAGGAGAACGUGUGCGCGUGGGCCAGCAAAUCCAGGAAUCACCACAAACCCACUGCCUGGUCCUGUAUUCCCGCGAGCCUGGAUCAACUGGAGGACAAGGCGAAGCAGGCCUGCUUGGCGGCUCAAAUCUAUCAAAGAGCCAUGGUUAAGACGAUUGCUGCGAUACGAAGGAACACGCAGGAGUGCCGGCUGGCCAACAUUCUAUUCGACCAAAUGCAGCUUGCAGCUUGCGAGGAUGAAGUAGCCACUAAAACAAAGCAGUUUCAGGUGGACAAGGCCACACAAACAAAUGACAUGCCACCCCAGAAUGGUCAUGAGUGUCCCGAAGAAGAGGGUUGUGAUGGUAGCCACGAACUGAGUCGGAAAAUCGAUAUGUUUCAGGCUAGACUCAAAGAGCAGGAAGUCCAGGAAGAGUCGCUUUGUAGGCGCUGCCGCAGGAAGAACAUAGAACAGGAGUCCAAGCCUCUUGGUCAACAAAGCUCGCCCUUCUCCGAAACUGAAGAUGCAGUGGCCCAGGAACUGGCCCUGCUAUUUGACGAUGAGCCCACUGAUCUGAAUGACAUAUUCGGCAUCGAGCCCAGCGCUGUUAACGACGAUCCGCAGAUCUCGGCCAUACUGGAGGAAAUCGAAAACGCCGAACUGCCCAGUCCCAAAGCAAAAGCUGAAGACACGCCCACAUCCCCAACUGCCACACCCUCAAGGGAGCAGCACAGCGAAGUUAAUCUUGGCCAGAGCCGGUGGCCCUGCGAACUGUACGCCCAAAGGAGGCGGCUCAAUGCCUGCCUUGUUCGCUUAUUGGAGGCAGACUGGCGCUGUGAGGAUCGGUUGAGACACAAAUUCCACCUGCUCUUUGGCGAGGACAGCGAGGAUGAGUUCGCCACGGAAAUAUCUAGCCCCUCCAUCGAUCUGGUGGACGAAGUGCUACUGGCCAGUUGUGUGCUCCGCAUUCGCCCGUGGAUCGUGCGUCAUUUAAUGAGUCCGCUGGCGGAAGGCUUAAUCGCCAACCGAUUCCUUUUCAAGAAGCUGGCCAAAAUGCUGGCCCACUCGAUUGUCAUGGUAAAUCCGUAUUGCUCGGAACAACAGAUCAAGCAAGCCCUGGAGUAUUUAUUCUGCCUUAGACCAAGGGGAGUUCAAAGCGCCUAUGAUCUGGACAAUCUGCCGCCUUUGGACGUGCCGAAAUUUGAAGUGUGAGGGAAUUUAAUAAUAUUAGUAUUUUAGUUUGGAUAUUUCGUAUUUUAGAAGUUUAAGAUGAAAUCAAAAUUGCAUUGGCUUGCAAAAAAGUAACUUGAAUCUCAGGUGAAGAUGAUUUCAACAAGGAACAUGUUCCUCCUUUAAGUGAAGGAAUUUAGCGAAAGCACCAUUAUCAUUUACUUAAAUAUUAGGUUUAUCAAUAGAACAUUUCG